AUUGAGUGUGUUAUCCGACUGUCAACGCGUAUGUCACACACAGUGCGCACAAAUUUCGGUUCAGUUUGUUUAUACUGAUCGCUGUUCUCAGUUCAGUGUUGCUCAUUUUUUACCGUUCCAUCAAGCCAAUUUUUCAGCGAUUUGACUUCGUGUUUUUUUUUUAUUUGUCCAUUAUUUAUCAUAAGUUAAUUGAAUUAAAGUCGUGUUGAAACAGUUAAUAAAGUUGAUAGUUUAUUCAUAAUUCAUUAGAAAAUUUAGGAUCAUUAGGGGAAAAAAGUAAUAAAAUGCCGACGAAAAUGAAAAAUAGAAAAUCCAAAUCAAAGCGUUCUGUGUCAACCGCGUGCUGGGUGCAAAACGAUGACGGCACAUUGUGUUUGACAAUUGGUUCGAAAAAAUCGAAUACUGAAUCCGAUACGAGCGAUAUAUCGAUUGGUUCUGAAUUAGAUUCAUUAUCACAAGGUUCACCCAACUUGGGUUCACCCGAUAUCAAUGGUAAUUUUGCAGCAGGUAUCAUAUUGAAAUCCCCUCAACAAAAACAAACCGCAUUUUCACCGGCAAAAACACUUGCAAGCAUUUUCAAUUCGCCGAUUAAAAUUCUAAAACCGAUUCGGUCACUGCAAAAUGGGCUCAGCUACAGGGAGCGUCAACAAAUCAAGCGUCGCGAUGAAAUGACCGCAGAGCGAUUGGUGAUGAGCACAAUACCAAACUAUAAUGUGCCAAUGGAGGUAUGGCAUUCGGAAGAGAACAACGAACCAUUGAAACUGAACUUUUCCACCGAAAUGUGUCGCAAAAAGCAGAAAGACUACUACAAAGGCUACAAAACCAUGAUUCACUUGGAAGAAGCCGCCCAAACACUGUUCAUGAAAACAUUCGAUCAAACUGGAGUGCGCAUUUUCUAUGCUGGCACCGGUCGUCUCUUCUUCAUUUUGAAUGAAGAUCGUAUGGCUGAAAUUAGUGCGGCAAUCGAAGAAAACUUAUUGGACGCACUUCGACUGAAGCCCGUUACCAACGAUGAAUCAUGGCUGGAAAAUUAUUUCGGUUCAAUCAAGGGGAAAGAUGAGGAGAAGAUUUACAUCGAAUUGUAUGAGCAAUCGUAUGUGUCAUUUAAAAAAGUCUACAAAAAUCAACCGUUCGACAUAUUCUUCCGUUUCAAUCGGUUGUCAUUUCGAAUGCAACAUUAUGCAUUGGAUCUUAUGCAUGAUCAUCGUUUGUUCAAUCAAUUGAUUAACAAUCCAGGCUAUGAUGACAUUGCAAAACUCGAAUCCAAAGGGAAUCCCGAUGAUAUUGUUCUAAGUCGUGAUUCCAUGUUUCAUCUGAAUCCGGAGCAACAAUCAGCCGUUGAAAACAUUGUGUAUGCCAAAAAUUAUCCAUUGCCGUACAUAUUGAUUGGUCCGCCUGGAACGGGAAAAACGCGAACAUUAGUAGCGUCCAUCGAACAAAUCGUUCUCUUAACCUCAAAAAAUGUGUUGGUGUGUGCGCAAUCAAACACGGCCUGCGAUGAAAUCGCCGCACGUUUGACCACUGUUCUGGGAGAAGAGGAGCUAUUCCGAUUGUAUGCCAAAACAUUUGAUGUUUGCAAAUUAAGUUCAUUGCUAGCACCGUACAGUAACUGGACCGGCACUGAGUUUCACUAUCCAAAUUUGAAAUUUUUACUCAAGUUUCGCGUUUUGGUUUGCACAUUGUGCACAGCUGGUACCUUGACGAGAGCUGGCAUCUCGACAAAACAUUUUUCGUACGUGUUCAUCGAUGAGAGUGCAAGUGCCUUUGAAACGAUGACCAUGAUACCGAUAGCGGGUUUGUGCACAUCAGCCAACAAAGUGCAUGCCAAUAUCAUUUUAGCCGGUGAUCCAAAGCAAUUGGAUGCGGUUACCAAAUCCGAACAGGCUAGGGAAUUGGGCUUUCGAACAUCGUAUCUUGAACACUUGUGCGAACGACAAUUGUACAAGCGCGACGAUAAAACGAAGAAAUUUAACGAGAUCUACAUCACACAGUUGGUUCGCAACUAUCGCUCACAUCCAACGAUUUUGAAGCUGUCAAAUGAGUUGUUCUACGACAAUUCCUUAAUACCGACGGCAUCAGAAGACGUUACUGGUUGGUUUGUAAAUUCUCCGCUGUUACCGUCCAAACGUUUCCCGAUCAUUUUUAAAUCGGUUCAAUCAUACAAUGUUGAGCGAUCGGAGGUGAAUAAAAGCUUAUUCAACAUUAUGGAAGUAAUGGCUGUGAUUGAGUUCAUCAAAAAUCUACUAUCGCCGACGUUCACUCACUGCAUGAAAAUUUCGCAGUCCGACAUUGGAGUGGUCACACCGUAUAAGAUGCAACGACGUAAGAUUGCACAAGCCUGCCAUCGUUUUGAUUUCGAUGAAAUCACCAUUGGCACGGCAGAAGCUUUUCAGGGACAGGAGAAACCAGUUAUGAUUGUGUCGACGGUUCGAUCUGGUGGAAGUCGUUUGGGUUUCGUCAACAAUGCUCGUCGUUUUAAUGUGAUGCUAACUCGUGCCAAGUGCCUCCUUAUCAUUGUCGGUGAUCCACAUUCCUUACAGUAUGACCCAAAUUGGAAUCGGCUAAUUGAAUAUUGUCUAGAGAAUAAGGCUAUGAUACAGAGCAUUUAUCGCUAUCCAUAUUAAUUCAUUCAUUUUGUAUAACAAAUAAGCCCAUUCAAUAACACAAUCAUAAGAAUAAUUUAAAACUUAAAUAUUCAACUAAAGUACCUUCAUUGAAAUCAAAAUAUAAAGAAGCGUCACACUAUAUAUGAAA